AUGCUGGAGGAAAGAAAGAAAGGAGGUGCAUCUGAAGUCUGGAGAGCACAGAGUGUAGAUGCUCUUCAUCCCCUUCCAGGGCAGAGGAAUAUCAAGAAAGCAAGGAGUCAUUCAUAUAUUGCAUCUGGGGCAAAAGUUAGUUCCAAAUACCAACAUGUUGAGAGUAAAGUCAAGAAAUACAUUGAGGAAAUGAAAAGGACGGAGCCAACAAAGCAAAAGCAAGAUGAGUAUGGCCAGAGAGGUUCAGCAAUGGCAAAUGCACCUCCAAAGGCUGCUAGAACAGAGUUUCUGUGCCACAUCCACUCCAAAGAAGACUUGGGAAGGGGACAGUGGCCUGAUGUGUUCAGAUGGGGAAUCUAUCCAUCGGGCAACAUGCACAAUAGAGUACUGGAGGAGCUCCGAGCAUCAUGUGAACUUGGUUCUGCCAUUCGCCGUCAUUCUGUGGAUCUCCUGGAGUCUCUUCGGUGUUAGCCAGAUCCCACAACAUUAUUUUGUGUCCCACGGGCUUGCACAUCAGUGACCUAGAAGGAGUAUUAUAUCCUAAGUUAUUUAUAAUGCAUUCCAAUUUUCCUAUUUUUGAGGACAUCCUCAUUGCCCUAUGC